GAAGCCUUAACAUGCUAAGCAGAGAUUAUCUGUCAAGUUCCGAUUGGAAUAUAUCAACUGAUGGCAAUAUGGCGGAUUCCACAACUGGGGAUGUCAACUGUGGAACCUCAAGAAAUUCUUCGCCAGUUAGUUGCGAAGAGAUUCAUUCCAAAAAGAUAGCCAAAGGUACCCUUCCUACACGGUCUAGAAUGUCAAAGAAUGUCAUUGCAAAAACGAAGACGUCAAAACUUCGAAUAAGGCGCCACAAGGCGAAUGCACGAGAAAGGAACCGCAUGCAUGGUUUAAAUGGCGCGUUGGACACACUGAGAAAAUGCUUACCAGUUCAUUCCAAAACACAAAAAUUAUCUAAGAUUGAAACUCUCCGAAUGGCAAGAAAUUACAUCGUCAUUUUGUCCGAGAUCCUUCGAGCUGAGCGCGAAAUGGACGUGGUGACGUUUGCCCAAACUUUAUCCAAAGGUCUCUCUCAAGCGACUACUAAUCUUAUAGCUAAUAAUUUACAGCUAAAUCCACGCACGUUAAUGCCUGAUAUGUUUCCAAACAUCAACCCAAUUCUCCUUCUUCAUGGUUCUUUAGCUGCAUCGGCUCUUGGCGAUAGCGCGGUUUCGAAUAACUUUCCCUUAUACCAAUUGUACUCGACUCCACAAACAUGUCCUAUUGAAAACAAAAUUCCCUUUCCAUCAAGCAGUAAUAGUCCCCAAUCAUACUCUUGUGCUGAAUCUGUCUCUCCGCUUAACAACAAAGAUAUGACUUCCACAUCCACUAAGGUUACGUACUUCCCGGAUAGAGCUUUUCAAGAUGAAAAGCAAGACAUUCCUCAUUCAUGUUCAACGAAUCGCAGUCACAGAGAUAUAUUAAUGCUUACAUCAGGGCCAAAAUUUGAUGAACAUUCCGAAAUUGGAUUUGAGGAAGAAAUUAGCUUCUCUAAAAAAUCAUUUUUAUGAUUAUGAUUCACAGUGAACCUGUUGAUCGUAUUUAUAUUACGAGUCAAAAACCAUAAAAAUUGUAAUUAAAAGCCCCAGAAAGUGAUAUUACAUCUAUAAAAUAGUUACUAGCUGAAAUGAAAAUUCUUAGCAUGCAAAAAAAAGAUAAUAUAAUUAUUUAUAUCUAGUUCAGUUACUCAGUGUUUAGACUUAACGUUUUAACGAUAUUUUAGUUAAGUUGUUCUGUGCUUAGGCUUAGCUCUGUUCUCUUGUUAAAUUUUAAGAAACAUAUUUAACAAACAUGAUCCGAUGUCGUUAAACCUUUAUGCCGUUUUUAACUUCAUGCUUGAGAUAAUUUUGUAUAUUUUGUGGAAUGACAAUUUUUUUCAUUUGUGAAAAUUGGUACUUAUAAAUCUUCUUUACAUUAUUAACACACUGUGUUAUUUGCAAACAAAUGGGCCUGGCAUCGCCAGAUGGUUAUGGCGCUCGACUCGCAAUCUGAGGGUCGCGGGUUCGAAUCCGCGUCACACC